AUGCUAUCACGUCCGUCAAAAACUGUUGCUAAGCGAUUUGCUUCUACUGCGACUGCUUCAAGAGUUAUUCAGGAGAAAACGUCGGUUUUGAACAAUGGACUCUCGGUUUCAAGCGUCGAACUGAAUGGGGCCAACUCUUCCCUUGUUCUUGCUUUCCGUGCAGGAAGCCGUUACCAACCAGCAAAUAAGCAAGGACUGGUUCACAUUAUCAGAAACAGCAUUGGACGUGACUCUCACGAAUUUCCUGGACUUUCGCUUGUUUGGAACACUGCGGCCAAUGGAGGACAAAUUAGAGCUCUUUCCAACCGCGAUAUUCUCGCUGUUAAACUUGACGUUGUUCGUGAUAAUGUUCCAGUUGCACUCUCUCUUCUCGGCCAGCUUGGAACCAAUGCGUUCAAGCCAUGGGAUGUUGAAGAUGUGAAACACGACACUAUUCAACCUGAUCACGUUUACUUGACUGGAAACACUAUUGCACUUGAGCAACUUCAUCAGGCUGCUUUCAGAAAUGGUCCACUUGCUCGCUCUAACUAUGGAACUAACAACGUUUCCGCUAGCGACAUCACCACAUUUGCUUCCCAACGACUUCUCUCUGGAGAAGCAGUUCUUGUCGGUGUUAAUGUCAACCACGAUCUUCUCGUCGAAUCGGCUGCUCAGCAGUUCCCAAUUGCUGAAGGAACUGCAACUCAAUCACCAGAAAGCAAAUACUUCGGUGGAGAAGCUCGCAAAGAUGGACCAGGUUCGCAAACAUUUGUUGCUAUUGCUGGUGAAGGAGCCAGCCUGAAAUCGCAUAAGGAUGCUGCAGUUCAAGCUGUUGUCGCUCAAAUCCUCCUUGAUGCCGCGCAGAAAGUCUGCUUGAAAUCGGAAUCUGUCAAUCUCAACUACCAAGAUGCUGGACUCGUUGGAGUUCAAUUUUAUGGCGACAACAGCGGAAUCACUUCCAAGACCAAAUCAAUUGUCUCUGCCCUUAAGACUGCUGAAAUUUCAAAUAUCAAUGCUGCUAAAAACACCGCAGCUCUCAAGGUUCUGACAUCUGGGCAAAAGGCUUCAAAUGUUGCUCUUGACGUUGCCACCCAAGUUUUGUCAGGAAUCAACGCUCUUUCGCCAAGUGAAUUUGCAGAGACAAUCAAGUCUGUUUCGGAGCAAGACGUGUCCAAGUUCCUUUCUCGUGUCACUGGAAAACUCUCUCUUGCUGCCUAUGGAACCCCAUCGCUUGUGCCCUUCCUCGACGAAUUGUAA